CACACACACACUCAUGUUGUCUGUAGGUGAAUCAGGACAGACUUCAUGGAUUUAACAAGUUAUGAGAAAUACAAGUGUCAUUACAAAACUUGUAUUUCAGAGGCAACAAAUAAAAUACUGCCACUUGUAAUAUCUCCACACCUGGUGCUACUGUUACUUGUGUUGCUACUUUUUACCACCUUUAAAUAAAAAAAGGAACGCUUUGUCUCUUGAAUGCACUGAAUCUCAGAAACGAUCGAGUGAAGUUUUAAAAAGAGUCAACAACGUUCUUGAAAAUGACCUUUAAGGACUUCACAGCUCCAUCGUGUUUAUCUUUCUACACAGGCCUGCUCUGCCCCCUGCUGGUUGAUGGUGAAAACUACAGUUUGAUUGCUGUGCCUGACUGAUGAUGACACCUCACAUCAACCCCUGCUGUCUGGGCAGAGAGACAGGGUCGUGGGGAAGCUGGAGCCAAAUCCCUGCGUGAAUAUCCACAAACAACAAAGAGAAAUGGAAUAAAAGUUGUAAAGUAAAGCCGGUUAAAGGCAGAGGUCUGCUCGUCAUCAUCUAUCCAAUACAUCCCUACUUUAUCUUUAGAGGAGAGGAGAUCAUGGCACAUCUGGGCUGAUAUCUGUCGCCACUAAACACUUAUGGAUUCAGCGUCUUCCAUGCAAGGGAAACACUGUGUCAAGCACAACCACAGCACUGCAUGGUGAAUAAUUGACGAGCGCUCCCUCCCCUCCUCUCUCCUCCUCCUCCUCUCUGUGUCUCUUUCCAUCACUUUGUCUUUGUGGUGUCGCUCGUCGGGUGUUCCGGGCAGUGACAGCCCACCCUCCCCUGCCCCCAGCUGCUGCCAUCAUGUCCAGUUUCCACCUACUGGCGGCUGCAUGUUGACAGCUAUCAGCGGGGGAACGGACGGAAGCGCAGGAGCCGCAGCAGAAAGAGAAAAGUUGGCGUCAUGAAGGAGUUUGUGUUCCUCCUGCUGCUGCUCACGGAGGGUUCCUGCAGGACUCGCAGCAGCUGGUGUGAGCUGGGCUGCGAAUGUCGAGGAGAUCUCAAGUUCACCAUCUGCUCCAGGGCUCUCCUCACUCAGCUGCCCAGCAGAGUCGCUCCCGGCACUGAGCUCCUCGACCUGUCCGACAACAACAUUUCCGUCAUCCCCAAAAGCUCCUUCAGCAAGAACCGCAAACUCAGGGUCCUCCUGCUGCAGAACAACAAUAUCAGCGUGGUGGAGGAGGGCGGCUUCUCUCAGCUGGAGUUCCUGCAGAAACUCGACCUGAGCUGGAACCAGAUCGCCACCCUCAACGACGGUUUCUCCGUCGGCCUGACUUCACUGCGGGAGCUGCAGCUUUCCCACAACCGCCUGACAAGCCUGGACCCCCUGAUCUUCACACACCUGGACGGCCUUCAGAGGUUAAACCUGACCAGCAAUGCCAUUCAAACCAUCCAGGUGAGGUCAUUCUCCUCCAUGAGCACCCUACGGCAGCUCCACCUGGAGGACAACCGGCUGACGUCUCUGAAGAGCGGCAUCUUCUCCAUGCUGCGCUCCCUGGAGGUCCUCAACCUGGCCGGAAACCAGAUCAGAGAGAUGGAGAUAACUGUUUUCAAGCCACUUGUUAGCCUGACUCUGCUGAACCUGGCCAACAACCACCUGUCCACCCUCUCCUUUAAGACGUUCCAGAGCAUCCACACUUACAGCACCCACAUCCUGCUGGAGAGGAACCCCUGGAACUGCGAGUGUGACCUACAGAGACUUUUCCGGAAGCUCCGGACCAUCCAGAGGCUCUUCCUGGACGACUACUACAACCUGACCUGCGAGGCGCCUCCUGUCCUCCAGGACUACAGGCUGAUGGAUGUGGACUCAGAGUUGUGCAUCGCAGAAACGGUCACCGUGCUGAUUAUUACCGUCACUGUGGUGAUCACUGUGCUGGCUGCCAUGCUGAUGGGCGAGAGGAAGAGGAAGAAGAAGAAGAAGAAGCAGCACUGGACGCAGCAGGGGGAGCUUUCAGAUGAGUCGGACUAUUGAAUGAAACACACCUUCCUCCUUAUUUUAUUUGCUCCUGUCUGAAAGUUCACUGUCUGUUAUUUCACGUUUGUUCUCAGGAACUCUGCAGGUUAAAUCCCACAGCAACAUCUGCAACAUCUGCACCUUAGAAGCAAGAUUUGGCAUCGUGCAGUUCAAUUCUUUUCCUUUUUUUAUCGAAAUCAUACUGGAAAGAUUUUCUUUCUGCUUUGCACCAAAAAGCCUACAUAAGAUUUAUUUAACACUCUCACACACACACACACAAUACAUCUGCACUUUCUUUUUUCAAUAGAAUUAUAUUUAUUCAAGUCGCUCUCCAAUGAUUUGAAUGUUAAUAAGAAAAAAUGUGUAUUUUGUCAUAAAACCUUUAAAUAGUGACUAUAAUUUUUUUAUGUAAAGUAGUGGUGGUGGUGGUGGUGUGUUAUUAAUGUCCCUGAUGUGACUCUAAAUUUGUGAAAACAAUA